AAGUCUCGUCGGUUCAAGACGAAGCGCGAGGGAGCCGACUACGGUAACAGACCCGUAAAGCUGGCAGGAAAAAUCAUCAUCCAGGAGAUCUCCUGUCUGCUGCCUGUUCACAAAGCCCUGGGGGAGACAUACAGUCUGAAUGUGAACGACAUACAGGACACGUGUCAGAAGAAUGCAGCAGCAGCUCUGGUGGUGGGACGCAGAGACGUGGCUAAGGUGUGGGCCCUGGCCUCGGCUGCCACCAGUCUAGAACUCAGUCCUGACUCUGACCCUGAUGCAGACGCUCCCUGGGCCAGACACCCGUUUGGACGCCACCUGUUGGAGACUCUUCUGGACCACUACAGUCUGAUGAGUGAUGUCCAGACUCUAGCCAUGCUGUGUAGUGUGUUCAGGACCCAGGGCUGUUCCCAGGACUACUUCUCUCUGUAUGGACAGCAACGCUCUUCUCUGUUUCCCCCUCAUCACUCCCGAUACCCCAGCUACACAUCCAGCUCUGUGUCGUCAGGCUCCUGUUACAGCACCUCAGACUCCACCACCACCACCACCUGGAGCAUCGGUCGAGAUCCGGAGCACGUCCCUCCCUUGGGGGAGUCCUCGCCUGACGACUAUCGCUACGCCAACCAGAUGUACACAGACCCCCGCGAGCGAGAGAGAGAACAACACGACAUGAAUAAAAGGCUGCUGGACCCAGCCAACACCAUGCAGUUUGAUGACUUUAAGAAGUGUUACGGGGAGAUCCUCCAUCGAUGGGGGCUGAAGGACAAGAGAGCCGAGGUCCUCAAGUUUACAUCCUGUCCUCCUGAACCUCACAAAGGCAUCGAGUUUGGUGUGUACUGCUGCCAUUGUCGUAGCCAGGUGCGGGGGACUCAGUGUGCUGUGUGUAAGCGCUUCACCUUCCAGUGUGCCAUCUGUCACGUGGCUGUCCGAGGCUCCUCUAACUUCUGUCUGAGUUGUGGUCACGGGGGGCACACCUCCCACAUGAUGGAGUGGUUCAGAACACAGGACGAAUGUCCCACAGGCUGUGGCUGCCACUGUCUGCUACAGAGCACCUUCUGAGAGAGACGCUGGGACACAGACUCACAUAUACACACACACUGUCUGCUACAGAGCACCUUCUGAGAGAGACGCUGAGACACAGACUGAUGCAGACACACUCACUCACACACACACACACACACACAAACACACACGUCUAAAAGCAGGGGGUUUGACGGACAUUUAACCCAACUAAAACACAUGUACACACACACACACACACAGCAGUCCAUUCAUUUAGUCGCUGUGGUCUGGAGAGGUUGUAUAAUGUAAUGCUGAGGUAGAGGUUGUUAUGAAGGCCUUAAUGCCUUGACUCGAUGUUCCUCCACACAAUAAACAUCUGAUUGAAUACUUGAAUACAAA